AUGAUAAAAAGCCUGCUAUGCUCCCAACCAGUUCUAGAAAUUUUUGAUCAAGAUUUACCAAUCAACAUUUAUACAGAUGCUUCUUUGGAAGGUAUAGGAGCCAUUUUAAAACAGAUACAACCUAAUGGAAAAGAAAAACCAGUGGCUUACUUUUCAAAAAAGUUAAAUGAAGCACAAAAGAAGAAAAAAACAAUAUACUUAGAAUGUUUAGCUAUAAAAGAAGCAGUGAGAUACUGGCAAUACUGGUUGAUAGGUAAAUCAUUUACAGUUUAUUCAGACCACAAACCACUGGAGAACAUGAAUCUGAAAUCUAGAACCGAUGAAGAGCUGGGUGAUUUAAUAUAUUAUCUCUCACAGUAUGAAUUCAAAAUAAAAUAUAAUCCAGGAAAAGAAAAUAUGGAAGCAGACUGUCUAAGCAGAAAUCCAGUAUUAGAAUCGAAUGAGAACACAGAUGAACAAUUAAAAAUUGUGAACUUAAUUAAACUGGAAGAUAUUGUUACAGAUCAAAAUAAAAAUGAAGAAAUACAAAAUAACAAAAACAAAUUGAUUGAAAAACAGAGUAUAUUCUACAAAAAGAUAAGGAAAAAAGAAAAAAUAAUUCUAUCAGAAGAGUUAAGUAUAAAACUCUUAAAAAAUAUACAUGAAAACCUAUGCCAUAUUGGAAUGGGACAAAUGCAAAAGACUGUUAGUCCGCUAUACACAGCCAAAAAUUUGAUAAAAAACAUCAAAAAAAUUUGUACAAGCUGUGAAAUUUGUAUUAAAAAUAAAUCAAGAGGACAUGACCGAUUUGGCUUGAUGUCUCAUCUAGGUCCAGCCACAAAGCCUUUCGAAAUAGUCUCUAUAGAUACAAUUGGAGGUUUUGGAGGUUCAAGAUCAACAAAAAAGUAUCUACAUCUGUUAGUAGACCAUUAUACAAGAUAUGCAUUUAUUUUAACCUCAAAAACUCAGAGUGCAAAUGAUUUUAUAAAACUAAUUACAAACAUAACAGAAACGGAGGACAUUGGUAUAAUUCUCACCGACCAAUACCCGGGAAUCAAUUCAAAAGAUUUUAAGAAAUUCUUAAAUGACAAGCGGAUACCUUUAGUAUUCACAGCAGUAAAUGCACCAUUCUCAAAUGGCCUCAAUGAGAGAUUGAAUCAAACAUUAGUGAACAAAAUCAGAUGUAAAAUAAAUGGAGAAGGAAAAAAAGAGCCUGGACAACAGUAG